GGCUACGUGCUGCGUCACUGCGUUUCUACACGUUAGUCGUCGUGACGCCACAGUCUUGCGAGAAACGAGACUUGUGACGUCGGGAGAAGCUGUCCUGCUGGAGUCUAAGCGCUGGGUAUUAUCGGGUUUGCGGGGCGUUGAAGCAGCUUUCCGGGACUGCGGACUGAGUUAAGAAGAGAGGGACUGUUGGGCGGUGUGAUGGACUUGCCUUACAUUAGCGCCUCACUCGCCUAGCGGCUAACCCGGCCCUGUAUGCAUCUGCCUUAGCUUGUGUGUUUACUAGGAGAUAUUUUUGUGUUGGAGCCAUGGAGAUGUCAUCAUAUUAUACCAAACUACUUGGGGAAUUAAAUGAACAGAGGAAGAGGGAUUUCUUCUGUGACUGCAGCAUAAUUGUAGAGGGCCGAAUUUUCAAAGCCCACAGGAAUGUUUUGUUUGCGAACAGUGGUUAUUUUGGAGCCAUGCUAGUUCACUAUAUUCAGGACAGCGGGAGACACAGCACAGCCUCUCUGGAUAUUGUCACAUCAGAGGCAUUCUCUACCAUCCUGGACUUUCUUUAUUCAGGCAAGCUGAACGUGUGUGGAGAAAAUGUAAUCGAAGUUAUGAGUGCGGCUAGUUAUCUGCAGAUGACAGAUGUGGUCAACUUCUGUAAAGCCUAUAUCCACUCUUCAUUAGACAUAUGCCGGAAGAUUGAGAAGGAAAGUUCCUUUGGACAGGCAGACAGUGGCAGCGAUGGCAUAAAUAGUGGAAGAGAAGCAGAGCUGGGGGCCUCACCUGAGAAAGAAAAUGACAGUGACUGCCAGAAAGAUCCACCCGGUGGCGACUGCAGUAGUUGCAACUCUAUAGAGCUGAUGGUAAAACAUCACCCAACAGAAGGCUCCAAUGAAAGUAAAAGUUCCAACAAAGCAGUAGAACCAAAAGAGGAAUUUGACUCUGAUGUUGUGGAGGUGUCAGAGGGUGUACAAACCUACCAUAUUCCUACAGGACUGGAACAGGGAGAGGAAGGUCUGCAUUCAGCAUCUGGGGUUGAUAUAGCAUGCAAUAACUAUCACAUGAAGCAAUUUCUUGAGGCUCUUUUGAGAAAUAGUUCUUCCCAGAGGAAGGAUGAUGCAGUGCAUCAUUUUCCACGGGACUUUGAAUCUCGUCAAGAAGAUACUGGUGUCCCAAUGAGCUCUAUGAUGGAUAUUCAAGGUGACUGGUUUGGGGAAGACACAGGGGAUGUCCUAGUUGUUCCUAUCAAGCUGCACAAGUGUCCAUUCUGUCCAUACACAGCCAAGCAGAAAGGGAUCCUCAAACGCCACAUCCGCUCUCACACUGGUGAGCGGCCUUAUCCCUGUGACGUUUGUCGGAAAAGAUUUACCCGACAGGAGCACCUGAGAAGCCAUGCACUGACUUGCAACGUGAACCAAAGACUGACCAUACUCCCAAAGCGAACAACCAACCAGCAAAGAAGUCAGCUCCUCCCCCUCCAGUGCCAAACAAGGUCAAACAUAAUGCUGCUAGUCCUUCCAACAAACCCAGCACUGAAACAAGAGAAGAGUUGAAGCAAAAUUCCAAGGGGUCAAAUGGAGUUUCCAGAUAUUUUUGGCUUCCAUCUAGUUGAUUUGCAGGUCUUGGAGGUUAACAGAAACAGCAACAUCAGAGACAGCGCUUGCCAAUAAGGCACUAGCUACAAUGUUUGGAAAUAAUCACAAAAAACAUACAAAUAUAUUUAUCUGGUCUGUUGCCCUGUGUGAUUUGUAUAUAAUGUUUUAGAAUUGCUACAUGUAUGUGGAUGUGUUUGGUUUCCCCAUACAGAUACUUUAGAUGGACUCAGGGUGUCCUCCAUGAAGCUGGCACAUCCUACUGUAGACAGAC